AUGGCGGGCACCUCCACACCCGCCCGUUCCUCCACGCGCUCUUCGCUGCCGGUGCGCGUCGUGCUGCGCGUGCGCCCGUUCCUCCCGUCGGAGGCCGCCUCGGCGACAGCGCCCUGCGUCUCCCUCCUCGACUACCACCCCGGCGGUGAGGUCACCGUCCAGCUCAAGGACCAGCACACCAGUCGGAGUGAACUGUAUAAAGUGGAUUCGUUCUUCGGUCAAGAGGACAGCGUGAGCCAGAUAUUUGACCAGGAGGUUCGCGCAGUGAUCCCAGGCAUCUUCGAGGGGAUCAACGCGACGGUGUUUGCCUAUGGGGCAACCGGCAGCGGCAAGACCUACACAAUGCAGGGCACGGAGGAUUUUCCGGGGCUAAUCCCCUUGGCUGCUUCAACAAUCCUAGCAAACUGCACUGGCACAUGGUGCUCUGUUGAGAUGUCGUACUAUGAGGUGUACUUGGAACGGUGCUAUGACCUGCUGGAGCCUAAAGCAAAAGAAAUCAUGGCCUUGGAUGACAAAGAUGGUAACAUGCAGCUGAAGGGCUUGAGCUGGGUCCCUGUGAGAUCCAUGGAGGAAUUCGAGGAGCUCUAUUCCAUAGGCGUGCAAAGGAGAAAUGUCGCCCACACUGGACUGAAUGAUGUUUCCAGUCGGAGCCACGCUGUGCUCUCACUUAGGGUCAGCACUGAUGUUGUCAAAGGGAAACUUAACCUCAUUGAUUUGGCUGGUAGCGAAGACAACAGGAGGACUUUGAAUGAGGGCAUCCACCUUCAAGAAAGCUCCAAGAUCAACCUUUCAUUGUUUACAUUGUCCAAUGUAUUUUCAGCUCUAAACAAGAAUGAGCACCGAAUUCCCUACAGAGAGAGUAAACUGACCCGCAUACUUCAAGAUUCUCUAGGAGGCAGUAGCCGUGCUGUGAUGAUAGCUUGCCUGAAUCCUGCAGAAUACCAGGAGUCAGCCAAGACAGUAAGUCUGGCUGCUCGUCCAUGCCAUACUGAGACUUUCACCAGUUCAAGCAAGCAAGAAACUCCCAAGGUCAAGGUUGACAUGGAAGCCAAAUUACGAGCAUGGUUGGAGUCAAAGGGGAAAACAAAGAGCAUCCAAAGAAUGGAUGGUCUUCUCUCCCCAGUUGCCAGCAAGACUCCAUUGUCUAUGAGCCAUAUGAGGCAACCAACAUCUUCCAGAAUUUCUUGUAGAGCUAAGGCAAUGGAUCAGGAUGGUGGUAAACUCAAGAAGAUGCUUUUUGAUCCAAAAGUCCAUGUUCCCACUGAAAAUAUACCACGAGAGCAAAGGCAGACAGAAGUAAAAACACCAAAGAAAGUGGUGCUUCCUUCAGUUACUCAAUGCCAUGAAAAACAUGAAGCUUCUAUCAGGAAAGCUCUUUCUCCAAUUUCUUCAAACAUGGUGCCUGUGAAGCAGCAAAUAUCUGAUAAUGGCAAUUGCCCCAUUUUAUUGGAGCCCCAAACUCCAAUAGAAACACAUAACAUAGCCAAGGAGACUCCUGGUGCAACCCCACUAGAGAGACUUAAUGCGCUACAGUCUAACUUAAAGGAAGCUCUUGUUCAGCAGUACCUUGAAGUUUUAAAUGUUGCAGACAAGGAGGAGCUACAGCAGCUGAAAGGAAUUGGCCUGAAGAGAGCAGAAUAUAUUCUGGAAUUACGGGAGGACUCACCAAGACCGUUCAAAACUCUUGCAGAUUUGGAACACAUCGGCCUCUCGUCAAAGCAGAUCCAAGACAUCCAAAAGAAGAUGGCGGCCACUGGGAUCUUCAAAUGA